UCCAGUGCGUGAGGGGGUGUGGCCAGCAUUGGGGGCGGGGUUAGUCAAAGACUGCCCUAUGUGGGGCAAACCAGAUGGGACUAGGUAGGAGUUGGGGAUAGGGUUUCUCUUUGGGGGCGUGGCUUGUGGGGCCUAGCUUUCCCGCCGACGGUUGGCCACGUCACGUGACAUGGGUUGGAAGAUGGCGUCUCCCACAGAGGGGACAGAUCUAGAAGCAUCUUUGUUAAGUUUUGAAAAACUUGACCGUGCCUCACCAGACCUUUGGCCAGAACAAUUACCAGGUGUUGCUGAAUUUGCAGCUUCUUUCAAAAGUCCUAUUACUAGCUCACCACCCAAAUGGAUGGCUGAAAUAGAGCGUGAUGACAUCGACAUGUUGAAAGAACUGGGGAGCCUCACUACAGCUAAUUUGAUGGAGAAGGUACGAGGCCUUCAGAACCUGGCCUAUCAGCUGGGGCUAGAUGAGUCCAGAGAAAUGACAAGGGGGAAGUUCCUCAACAUUCUAGAGAAACCCAAGAAGUAGCCACAGUGUGUGGACAGGAUGCCCCGGGGGCUGGAACCAAGCUUCGCUCCCAGUGCAGCUCUGAUGAUGCUCACCUCACUGCUUCCCGGCGAGAGGCUGGAGGGCGCACCUCCAGGGCUGACCCUCUCCCCUGCUCCUGGCACUCUGCGCCUCUGAGGACAUUCGGCAGCAAGAGAAGAAUCUGUUCUACCCAAGGAUCACUGCAGUUAUUCAGUCAGCUUCCAGACUUUGACCAUCUCCACCUCAGAUGUUGGUAACACCAGAGAGCAUAUCAUUCUUAAAGGUCAAAGUCCUGCUUUCUCAUUUCCAGAAGUGAUUCAGGAGCCCUGGGAUCUGAUUCAGUGAUGGCAAAGUACGUUGUGACAGUGAUUGCAUGAGUUGUACUUGAUCUCUUAGGAAGUAUUUAUGAUUCGAGGAGCCCAGAGACCAAUUAGAUUCUGGACUAGACCAUGCAGAUUGAUCUGUGUACUCUCCAGUGUAUUGCUAGAUUCCAAGAAUCCCCAGCUGGAGAAACCAGAAUCUUCUAGAAAUGUAUGCCUGCUUUUUAAAUUCUAUACCUCUCAUGAUAGUCCCAUACCCUAAUGCCCUCCAUUCCCUAACUCCUAGCCCCCACCAUCCAUUCUGACUCCAGCGAAGGGAAUCCCUGUGUAUCAAGUCCUUCCUGGAAUUAGCUUGUGCAGUAAAAGGCCCCUGCAAGGUUGCUUUGGACCUCAAGACCAAUUUAAAGGUGACAGAAAGGACUUUUGAGUUCUAGUUAAUCUGUUACAGAUUCAAGCGAGACAGUAUGGCCUGAAGAUAGGAAAAGGGGAUUGACUGCAGGAGUUCCCAUUUGAUUAAAAACUAGAAACUCUGAUUGACCUCAAAGGAAUGUGCGUGCUGUGGAAUGGUGGCAAUGUAUUUCCCCCCUUGUCCCCUCUCACAGCACAUAUCAGAUAUUUCACCCAUAUGACUGAAACACACAUGAAAGAAAAAGAGAAUUUCCUGACUUAAAUAUAACUCUUAUGGGGCUAUCUGCCAAUUAUCUGUCUCUGUUGAAACCUGAAAAUCUAGCCUGUGGGUAAUAGUUAUUACACAUGUUCUCCAUAUUUUGUCUUAUAAGCUAGCCAAGAUACAUGGAGUUUCCUAAACUUUGUGAAAAGAACAUCUAUGGGCAGUAGUCUGAUGGUAUUUGGACACAAGGAAAAUUCUGGUCAAGUUUUUGGCCCUGGUUGUCUGUGCUAGCGUGCAGCACUAUUCAAUUUAAUAACUGGCCCAUUAACCACUUUCUGACAUGUGUGCUUGUUUCCCAGCUAGAAUUAACGUUGGAGUUUUCUCUCAUUUGUGCCAUUUGACCAUCCAUGCAGUUUUACUUAUUGGCAAGAAGGAAAAAUUGAACACAAGGCGCAAAGGAUGAGUAUGAGAAGGAAACCCUUUUGCUUGGGUGCUAUACAGAAGGUUAGGCUGCAGAGGCUGUGCUUUUAGGCUAAGCUUAUUAAUGACAUUCCUUUAUCUUUAAAUGUGGUUAAAGAGUGUGUGUAUGCACAAAAAAUAGUGCCAUAAUAUCAAACUUUUUUUGCUCUGUUUUUGAGAGUUGAUGAUGUCAGAAGGGGAAAUUGAGAAAUAUAUGGAGUAUAUUGGGAUACCUUCCCCAAACCGGCUCAUCUGUAACCUAAAGCUAUGUAGCUGGGGUUUAGUCUGCUUUGGACUCUUCCUUUUACUGUCGUCUUAGUCACCAGCACUUAAUGUAAGUAGAUGUUUUAGAAUUGAGAUAUUUAUUGGUUUUAUAUGUCAGAAAUGUUAAUGAUGUGUUUUUAUAUUGAUAAUAUAAAUGUAUGUACAAUGUGUGCAUGUAUGUAUUUCAGGGUGUCGGAGGGUUGUACUUUGUAUAUGAAGUCUUCUGUGUCGUCAUAAUAAAUAUGUCACUUUUA